AUGGAAGAAUCAAUCGAUGGAGAAAAUGCCGCUAUGGAUGAUACAGAUCGUCCCGAUUACAUGAAUGAGCGUGUGCUUCAUCGGAACCGUCUGCCACCGCGGGCAUACUUCCUACCUGCUGAGCACUCGUCUCUGUCUGGAAAGUGGAGAUUUCACUAUGCUUCGAGCCCGUUGGAGCCAGAGCCGGUGGAUGAUAGCGCUUGGGACCUGAUUGACGUUCCAGGAAUAUUUCGGGACGUCACCCUCUUUGCCAUCCCAAUCAAGGGUCACAUUGAGGACUUUUUUGUUCAAACCAAAUUGGAUAAGCAAUACCAGGAUGCUUUCCUGCAGGUAAAGCUCCAGAUCCAGCUCAACUCUGCGGCGGAAGCUCUCCUGGAGUUGACCGAUGCAAAUGGGAAAGAAGCCUGUCAGCCUGAGAUAUAUGGUCUAAAUUCAGGGGAAACAGAGCACGUUUGCAGUAUGGCGAAACUUUCGAAUCCACUAAAAUGGACGGCUGAGCACCCGAAUUUGUACCACAUGCGUAUCACCUUGACCGCAAAUGGGCAGACUUUGCAGGUCAUCGAUCAACCAGUCGGAUUUAGAACUGUUGAGUUGAAGGACGGUUUGAUUCAAGUCAACGGUCGGCCGAUCCACCUUCGAGGCGUCAACCGCCACGACCACCACCCUCGAUAUGGGCGCGCCGUACCAAUUGACUUCAUAAAGCAGGACCUGGUAUUGAUGAAACAGCACAAUAUCAACGCUGUUCGCUGUUCACACUACCCCAAUCAUCCAGCGCUCGUAUCAUUUGCAAACGAGAUUGGGCUUUACGUGAUGGACGAAGCAGAUCUGGAAUGCCAUGGUAUGGGCGUCGAUCUCGAGCAUCUUCCAUCAGACGAUCCUGCUUGGAAAAGGACCUAUCUGGAUCGUAUGCAGCAAGUCGUCCAUCGAGACAAGAACAACGCUAGUGUCAUCAUGUGGAGCCUGGGCAACGAGUCGUUCUUCGGCCAGAAUCAUGUUGCUAUGUACAAGUGGGCGAAAGAGUACGAUCCUACGAGACUGGUUCAUUACGAAGGUGAUCAUGAGUAUAGAGCCUCUGAUGUCUGCAGUUCGAUGUACAAUUCAAUCUCAGAUCUCGCCAACCUAGCCACCCGCGAUGGAGACAAAUACGACAAGCCGAUAAUACUCCAGGAGUAUGGUCAUGCUAUGGGAAAUGGUCCGGGAGCAUUGAAGGAAUACCAAGAGACGUUCUACAAACAUCGAAGACUUCAAGGGGGUUUCAUCUGGGAAUGGGCUAAUCAUGGACUCUUGAAGAAGCUUGACGAUGGCAGUGGCAGGUCUUUCUACGCCUAUGGUGGUGACUUUGGAGAUGAGCCAAACGAUGGGAACUUCGUUAUGGAUGGGCUGUGCACCUCUGAACAUGCGCCCGGACCCGGUCUGAUUGAGUUGAAAAAGGUCUAUCAGCCCGUCAGUUUUCACAGAGAAGGGAAUAACGUCCUUGUGAAAAACCGACAUGACUUCGCGUCGUUGGGAGACUUACUUUAUGCAUAUGAAGUCACCCGCUUCUCGGGAGAGGACGAACACAAUCUCGCAUCGUCUGUAGGACAGAUUCCGGGAGAUCGAAGCGGGCCUGGCUCCACAUUCCCGAUUGAAUUUGCUGGCCAGAGUGGAUUUAUGAGAUGCGAUACCAGCCAACCAGAAACUUGGCUUAGGAUCAAAUUCAUGACCAGACAGAAGCUACCAUGGGCCGCUAUGAACCAUGAGAUUGCAUGGGCUGAGUUUCGUCUUCAUGGAGGCGAGGGCAAGAUAAGCUCGCAACCAGCCCUUGCCAAAAAUGUGCAGGCGGCGAAGCUUCAAGAAUCCCAUAGCCUGCUGCAAAUCUCCGGUCCCAGAUUUGCAAUGACGUUCGAUACCAUUCUGGCCAGGGUUACUGGAUGGAGCUACAAAGGCAUAGACCUGAUCCUCGAAGGUGCGGGUCCUCAAUGUACUUUCUGGCGUGCACCCACGGAUAAUGAUAAGCCGUUCGCUGCCAAGAUCUGGCGAGAACAUGGCUUGCAUAUGAUGACGCAGCAAGUUCGCUCAGUCAAACAUCAGCAUUGUGAAUAUACAGGCUCUUUUAAGAUCAUCGUGGAGAGUUGGAUAGCGCCGCCUGUCCUCGCCUGGGGGUUCCAAACGACUACGACAUACACGAUACCCAGCGAGGGCCGUUUGGUGAUCCAUGUUCACGCAGUUCCCAAAGGCACAAACCAACCAAAGAUCUUGCCUAGAGUAGGGGUUGAGAUGAUACUGCCGGAAGAUCGCAGUGUUGCUCAGUGGUUUGGGUUGGGCCCAGGUCAAAGCUACAGAGAUAUGAAGGAGGCCGGUAAGAUCGGCAUAUGGAAAUGUGGUGUAGACGAUGUGAUGUUCAAUUAUGAAAUGCCGCAGGAGAAUGGUAAUAGAACGGAGACAAGAUGGGUGAAAGUCACCACUGAGAAAGGCAUUGGGAUCAAGACGACUUUGCAACGGGGAGAAAGGGAAGAGAAUGACACAUUCGUGGAGGCAAUGACCCUCGACAACGGCUCGGCCGAACAACCCUCGUCGCCAUUUGAUGACUGGGAGAUCGUAUAUCGACCCCGUCAAAGGUCGGAAAACCGGACCCGCUUUGACUUCGCUCUCUCCAAAUACACCGCAGUAGACUUGGAUCAGGCCCAACAUCCACAUGAGUUGGAAGGGAGUAAAGGCGUUGUUCUUCGUAUUGAUGAUGAUCACCAUGGUCUAGGGAGUGCUUCGUGUGGGCCGGAUACCCUCGAAGAGUAUCAGUUGAAAAUGAGGACAUUUGAUUUUACCGUCACCAUGGAGGCAACUGGGAUAUGA